GUGCUGGGCCGCAUCUCCGCAUGGACCUGCACGGUGCUCUACAUGACUUCACGCCUGCCGCAGAUCUGGGUCAACCUGAGCCGGCGCUCCGUCGAGGGUCUGUCGAUCCUACUCUUCCUGUCGGCGUUUAUGGGCAACCUGCUGUAUACGAUCAGCAUCCUUGUCAACCCGCGCUCGUCCGGACCCGGCGCGCGCGCUUACCUCGCCGAGAGCACGCCAUUCCUCCUUGGCAGCGGCGGUACGCUCAUCUUCGACCUGAUCAUCGUCGCACAGUGG